ACCAUUUUUAAAAGUUUGUUUCUAAAUUCAUUAUUUCGUCACUUUUGACAAGUCUUAGCAUUUUAAAAAAUCUCUAAAUAAUUUAUAACCUUCGUGAUUUUCACUCUUUUAAUCGUUUCCAACUGUUUCAUUACAUGACUCUGGCCACACUAAUAAGCUACACUAUAGUUUCUUGCACCUAUCAUACUUUAGUUCUUGAUUUAUGUCAUGAACAAAUACGAUCACAAAUUGUCAUGGAACAAUCAAUAUCAGUUUUUAUUAGUUUUAAUCAAACCAACUAAACUCCUCAGUAAUUAAUGGGUCUGAGGAAAACUCACAUAGUUAAAAGAAAAUUUAUAACAGAAAUAUGGGUGGUUUUGUAAUAUAAGGGAUGUUUGUUAUAUCUACAAAUUUAUUUUUAUAGAAAUUAUAUUGAAAAUUGAUCCGAUCUCAAUAGAAUUAAAAGACCCGCUAAUAUUAAAAAUCAUACAUGUAGCACCAUUAGAAGUCCAAAAUAAAAAUCAAUAGAAUAAGAAUACUGAUGAUGUCAAAGUUGUUUCAGAACAUAUAAAUUUGAACCAAAUUCAUAGUUCGAGACAAAGAAUUAUAAUUUUUUUCAUAGUCCGAGACAGAGAAUUAUAAAUUUUUAAUAGUCCGAAACUUCACACUCAUACUGGUCUUUAUAUGUUUCUGGGAUGAAAUGGUAUCACAAAGAAUAUAAAUGUAUGAAGUAGAGGGUGUUUUGAUUGAUGAAGCAAUCAUAGCAGAGGGUCUUCUCAGCUUGCUUAAACAAAAUGGAAUCACUUCCUUGAUUCUCAAAAGCAAAGAAUGUUUGGCUUCUUUACCUCCCACAGAAUCUCCUAACCUGCAAUUCUUUGUCAUUUAUUCUUUAGGUUGAUUAUAAAUGACUGCUUAUGAUUCUUUCUUUGUUUGGUGAUGCACUGGAACACGAAUGUUCGCACAGUUGCUUGAUUCUUAUACAUAUUCUUACUUAUCAUUGAAUUAUUCGUUCUUUUUUGAAACUUGAAGAUUGGGUUAACUACUUGAUUGUUUUAUGUAUCUUAAUCUAUAUAUGAACAGAGUGCAGUGGUCGUGUUGAAUCAUUCAUAUUUGCCUUUAGUAGAUAUACAUCUCCCUCUGUCUCUCUCUAUCUCUCUCUUGUAAACAUAGAUGGCAGAAUCGAAACUUUUUUUUCAUGAGCAUCAGCUGAUACUAAGUGAAGUCAAGCCUGUUGUCGGUAAGGAUGUAGAAUGUGUUGGGUGCAAACAGCCAAUCAACAAACUCAUAGAUGCAUUUUAUAGGUGCAACACUUCCGUUAUUGAUAGCAGUCCAUCGAGUGUUUGUGUUGGUUUCUAUAUGCAUAAAACUUGUUCAGAGUUGCCCUCAACUUUUACACACCCUAUGAACCCAAAACAGCCUCUAAGCCUCGUUGCGCUUCCAUAUAGAAAGCAAGACUUUUAUGCUUGUCAUGCUUGUGGCAGCGCCUCUCAGUACUUUAUGUAUAGUUCUGAGUCUUCUGCCAGUUCCGAAUUUCUUGUUUGUUUGAAAUGUGUAAUGUCAGAACUUAAAUCUCUAGAGAAACGUAACCUGUGUCAUCAGGGUCAUGAUCACCCAUUAACCUUAGUCCAAAGCCCAGCUUUGUUCCUGUGUCAUGCUUGUAACACUACAGCUACAGACUUGUCCUAUAUUUGUACAACAUGUCGUUUCUGGAUACAUGCACGAGAGUUGUGCCAAUGCACCAAUCACCUACCAAAGUAAAUUUCACAAUGAACAUGCUGUCAUCUUGACCUACUCUCUUCCCCAACAAUAUCGUGAAUAUCCCUGUUACUGCAGCAUCUGCGAGAAACAUAUAAAUCCCAUCUACUGGGUUUAUAUUUGUGCGAAUUGCAGAUUUUUUGCUCACGUGAAAUGUGCUUCAUUAACUGAGUUGUUGAGUGAAAGUGAUAUUGAUGAUGAAGCAGAUUGCGGAGAGUCUAAUUUGAUGCAGUUCCCAGUGCAUGAUGAAGCAUCACUACAUGAAACAAUGCAAGAAUGUAUCAUCAAGGCAGCAAAUUCUUCCACUGGGGAACCUUCACCUUAUAUCAAUCAUUGGGCCCAUGGACACCAACUGGCACUCGGAAACAAGAAUGCAAAAACUUUGCCCCUCAACUUGAAGCCGAAAAUAGCAGAAACUGAAUUGCUAAUCUGUGAUGGUUGCAUGAAUCCUAUCUCCUUGGUUGAUGUAUUCUAUGAAUGCAGUUUAUGCAAUUUUUUUCUCCACAGAUCAUGCUCCCAAUUCCCCGAAAGGAUUAAGCAUCAUCUAGCAGGCGAUCUGGAGGGAAUUCUAGCACGAAUGUCAGGUGAACUAUAUACUCUUGAAUGCAGAGGUUGCGGCAUUCGUGGUAAUGGGAUUUGCAUGCACAAUGAUGAAUACGCUUUUGACAUCAAGUGCGCUUCAUUACCCAGAAUAAUCAAACAUAAAGGUCAUCGUCACCCUCUUCAGCAAUUAAAGACUCCAGAUGACUUUCUUUGCAAAGCAUGUUGGCGUUACCGUGUAACUGAAGAGGUAAGAACCAUCGUGUAUGGAUGUGAAAAAUGUGAUUUUUUCACACAUAUAGGGUGUGUGUUAAGUGCACAAGUGGUGAAACAUAGAUGGGAUCCUCAUCCUCUCUACUUGAUCCUGUCUCUUAAGAAUGUACCUGAUCAUCCCCAUGAUUUCCAUUGUGAAUUUUGCCCCGAUCAGAUAAACACCAACAGUUGGUUUUAUCACUGCAAUGUAUGCGAUCUAUCAUUUCAUACCAGCUGUAUUGAUCCAGAUGAUUGGGUGUCCAAUAUCAAGUUUGGUGCUACCGACAUUUACAGCGACAAACAUCCACAUCCACACGGCCUCACAUAUAUUCUCAAUAAAAAGACGAGGAAUUGCAAUUUAUGUGGUAAAGAUGCACGCGGUAUGCGGGCUCUCCAAUGUUCAACAUGCAAAUAUAUAGUGCAUGAGAAUUGUUUCAUUGAAGAUUGAAAUGAGGCAAAAAUCAGAUAUUGUAUUACUGGAUUAUUCAGGUUCAGAGGAUGUACAGAAAGAAGUAGCCACCGCAUUCUUGAAGAAUCUCUAGAACUCGUUGAGCAUUAGUAACAGUUCGCUCUAUAGCAUUAAGAGUUCUAAUAUUUCAAUAUUACACGGAAGACCUUCACUUAUUAUACAAUACAUGAUACAUGAUGUUGUUACUACUAACUACAGCUUGGCUGUGCAAGAGAGUAAAUAUAUUCAUGCCAUCAUGCUGGCAUUGUGUUACUUCACAAA